UGAAUACAUAAAUUUCUACAACGGCCGAAAAAGAAACACAACGAACGCAUUCCAUUUCUGUCUCCAUCUCCGCAACAACGGCAAACCAACAACUACACAAACAACCACACAAACCAACAUCAACAUGAGCUUCAGCAGCGAGCGUAUUCAAGAGUUUCGGGAGGCGUUUGCCCUCUUCGACAAGCGUGGUGAUGGCAACAUCCGCGUGGGCGAUCUCGGCACUGUUCUGCGUGCACUCGGCCAGAACCCAACAGAGGAGGACGUCAAGAAGAUCCAGGCUGAGCUGGACCCAGAGGGCAACAACGACAAGCGCAUCAACUUUGAGGAGUUUCUGCCCAUCCUCGAGCGCGUCAAGGACAAGAAGCCGCAUGGCACAGAAGCUGACUACGUUGAAGGCCUCCGCGUGUUUGACAAGGACGGAAACGGCACAAUCUCCGCAGCAGAGCUUCGGCACGUGCUGACGAGUCUUGGUGAGAAGCUGAGCGAUGACGAUGUCGACGCGCUCCUCUCGCACGCACAGAUGGACUCUGGAAACGUCAACUACGAAGAGUUUGUGCGCAUGGUGAUGAGCGGUUGAACUCUGCACUCGGGAUGUCCAGAAAAAGCAAAAAGCAGACAUGCCAUACGCAGCUGCAUGAUGCGGAGAGAUUUGAGGAAGGGGGGGGGGUGCUUGAGUGUUCUUCUUGGGCUUUGUUCUUGUUCUCGUUCUUGCUCUCGUUCUCGUUCUUGUUCUUGUUCUUGUUCUCUUGUGUUUGUUUGUUCUUCUUCUUGGUGCUUGUUGUUGCCUCCAUACAGUUACAUGGCAGCUGUUCUGCGUCGUUGUAACAAUGUGACAUGACUGAAGACCACUUUUGAAGUGUGUGAGAAGCGAGAAGCGACUUUGGCGCACGCGUGCAUACACUCAACGGUAGCAUUGCUUGCCACACAAAUGGCUGUGCGUUGAUGUGCAUCUGCAUGACUGUGUUUGUGCGACUACUCGAACAUGUGAGUCGACGCUUGUGUCUGACGUGUGUGACUACACAGGAUGAAAGAACCCAAUGCAACGGUGUAAUGUG